AUUUCAGGGGGAUGUAGAAGCCUAUGGAUGGUGAAGGUUGGGUGUUGUAGGGUAACACCUACUGAAAGGUAUUUCACUCUAAUAACUGGAGGCAGAAGGUGGGGAUGCUAAAGAGUAUAUAUAUAUAGAAACAGUUACAUCCACUGGACAGAGAGAAGGACAAAAGGAAUCAGGAAAAAUGAUGCUGAUUGUUGUCUUCUGCUUUUCAACCUUCUUGCAGCAUGCAACACCCGCAGCUGUGUUUUCCUUCUCCUCGCUGUCAACAUAUAAUGCCACCAACAGGCUCAACAUUGUUCAUGUCCACAAUGCUUACAGGAGAGGCGCCAAACCAACUGCAGCCAACAUGUUAAAAAUGAGUUGGAGUGAUGAGGCAGCAAAAACAGCAGAGAAUUGGGCGAAAACCUGCAAUCAGUAUCACAGUCCAUCAGCCGCCCGGCAGAUUACUACUUUCUCUUGUGGGGAAAAUCUGUUCAUGUCGUCCUAUCCGGCCUCCUGGGAGGAGGCGAUUGAAUCACUUCACAGCGAAUAUAAGAAUUUUGAAUACGGAGUAGGAGCCAAAGACCCUGAUCUGGACAUAGGCCAUUAUACCCAGAUUAUGUGGUACAAAUCCUACCUGAUUGGAUGCUAUUGCACGGAAUGCCCUGUUAAUAACAUCACACUGAGAUACUACUAUGUUUGUCACUACUGCCCGACAGGAAAUUUUGCUGACACAAUAGAAUAUCCCUACAAAUCUGGCCCGGCGUGUGCUGACUGCCCAAACACAUGUGAUAAUGGACUGUGCACCAACCCCUGCCCAUAUGAAGAUAACUAUGGCAACUGCCAGGAUUUGGCAUCUGAAGGUGGAUGUGAUCGAUACCAACUUGUAAAGGAAGGUUGUCAGGCUUCCUGUCUGUGCAAAAACAAAGAGAUUAUAUAAAUGUUUCUCUGGGUCGCCCAACUCAUACCUUUAAAACUAAUCACCUGCAACCACUGGCUAAAAGAAAUGAAUUCAGAUGCAUUGUACAUCUCGUUUGAUUGCUAAUUAGCCAUGCAAAAACAGAAUCAUUUUUUUAAUUUUAGGAGAGCUGUUCAUUUAAUAUAAUGGAGGGUUUUGCUCAUUACAUUGCUAGUAAUAAUUACAUAAAUAC